UUGGAGCAGAUCCAGGGGGGCCACAUGGCUAGUGCAGAGAGCGCUAUAUUCUCUUCACUAUCAGAGCUGAAUUUCCAUUUUAAAAAACACAAAUUAGUCUCUUGACGUUACCAGAGGUGGCUUUUAGCGGCCCUGCACUGCAGGUGUACAUGUGCCCAAUGCCCAUGUUUAUCUGACAGGACAAUGUUGUUCAGUGAUAAUCACAAUCUGAGGGUUGCUUAUUGCAAUGGGAGCGAUAGGAGGACACCCUGGUGAGUGACACUAUUUUGUCAUCAAAAUGCUCCUUGUGCCACAGGACUAAAUACUGCCAUGGCCUGGGCUGCAACAAUACAUUACGUCCAAUUAAACAAUUCUGGCAGAACUAAUGAAUUGUGCUUUUGGGCCCUUUAGUACCUGUCAGUAAAUGAGACCCAUGGCCCUCCUCAUGUAUUAGGUGGAUCCAGCAUCCCUCCCACACCUUUCCCUUAAUCCUUAUUUUAUAACUUGGCCAGGGAAAGUGAGGAGGCUGGAGGGCUUAGGGGAAAGGAGAACGUUUCCCUGAGUAGGGAUGGUGGCCCCCAGCCCCCCUGUGGCAAUGAAGGGGUUUCCUAGAACAAGGGAGUCUGUGAGACCGAGCCAGAGGGAAACAAAGAAGAGUGGGAGACUGCUCCAGUGACAUCAUGCUCCACCAAUGUCCCGCCUACGCUAACACAGAGAGCCUCACGGAUUUAUAGAGUGUGGGGUCCGGGUCUCCUAGCAACGUCCGAACCCGGAGCGGGUCACCAGCACCAGCCGUUGUGUACUGAGCGGGACCAUGAGCUUGAACUUGCAGCCCCAGUAGCGCCACUGGGCUGAGCAGCCCCAUUAGCGCCACUGGGCUAGUGCCUCAGCUCCGCUGCCUGGGAUAGUGCAGAAGGAAGCGGCCAGUGCGGGAGCAAGGUUCCUUUGUUAUCAGUCCGGCUCACAGGCUUAACCGGUACCGCUCAGAUGUGGCAACAGGGCGAUGAGCUUUGUUUUAAGUUGCCUUUAUUGCACUGAGCAUGCGCAGAGGUUUUGCCAUUGAGCUGACUCGCUCGCUUAUAAGCCCACCUGUGUGCUCCGCUAGUUGCAGUCGGGAGUCUGGUCUGCGGCAUAGGACUUUAUUCCGCUUCCUCACAGACAUCGGCACUAGGGUACCGGGCUCCGUGCAUAGCCGGCGGGGAAUGGAAGCGGGGUUGGGUACGUUCCAUUGGCAGCACUUCGGUACCUACACAUGGAGCAGUUGGUGAGAGGCAGAUGUGGGUAGGGGGUCGGAUCAGGUUCCCUGUUCUACUAUCUGAGCCGCUAUGCAAGUCGGAUCAUCCCGAGAAUAUCUUCACUCAGGAGACAGCAACUGGGGAUCCCAUUCCCAUUGGACACAUUCUGCUUUGCACCCCAAAACCCUGCUUAACCCGGACUAUAAUGAGCCCAGCAGCGGCUCCUCAUUCUGCUGCUUCCCCUCGGUGUUUUAUGAGCAUCCUGCGGGCCUUCGGGCUCCUCUUCCUCCUACUGGGACUCUGCCAGUCUGUGGAAAACAGGUGUUCCUCCUCCAGUGCAACAACAUGUGCGAAAUGCCUGGCCCUAGGACCAGAAUGCGGAUGGUGUACUCAAGAGGAUUUCAUGAUGGAUUCCACAGAAAAUGAAAGAUGUGACACAGCUCUUAAUUUAAAAUCUAAAGGGUGCAGACAAGAUUCAAUAGAAUAUCCUACAGCCCAUGCUCAGCCUCUGAGUAGCAGGGACACGAAUAGCCAAGUCACUCCAGCAGAGGUUUCGGUGCACAUUAGACCAGGAGCAAAGGUUAACUUCAUGCUAAAAGUGCACCAUCUAAGGAAGUAUCCAUUGGAUAUUUAUUAUCUGGUUGAUAUAUCCGCUUCAAUGCACAAAAGUAUCGCACGGCUAAAUUCCGUAGGAUUUGAUCUUUCCCAGAAAAUGGCAAACUUUUCGGAUGACAUAAAAUACGGCUUUGGUUCAUUUGUGGAUAAGCCAGUCUCACCUUAUAUAAGUGUCCAUCCACAGAAGAUUAAAAAUCAGUGCAGUGUUGUAGAUCUGGUUUGCAUGCCACCCCAUGGAUACAUAAAUGUGCUGCCCUUAACGUACAAUACAACUAAAUUCAAAAAUGUUGUUGGUAAGCAGAGAAUUGCUGGGAAUAUUGAUAAUCCUGAAGGUGCAUUUGAGGCCAUGCUGCAGGCAGCUGUUUGCAAUACAGAUAUUGGCUGGCGCAAAGAAGCAAGGCAUUUGCUCAUUUUGAUGACAGACCAAACCUCUCACUUAGCACUUGAUAGCAAAUUGGCAGGGAUAGUCACUCCUAAUGAUGGCAGUUGCCACCUUAAAGACAAUGUUUACAUCAGGUCAUCGGAUAUGGAGUAUCCAUCCUUGGGUCUUCUUGGAGAAAAAUUAACAGAAAACCAUAUAAGUGGAGUUUUUGCUGUGCAAGGACCUCAGUUUAAUUGGUAUAAGGAUCUGUUACCAUUAAUUCCUGGGACUACUGCAAGACAGUUGGACCCAUUUGCAUCAAACAUGAAAAACUUGGUGUUUGAUGCCUAUAAGAUGCUUCUUUCAGAAGUGAAAAUUGAAGUGGAUAAUCCUAUUAAAGGGAUUCAUGUUCAUGUUACUGCUAUAUGUCCCGAUGGGACGAGACGCUCGGGGAAAGAAGGAUGUCAGAAUGUUAAAGCCAAUGAAAAGGUGUUUUUCAAUGUAACCCUUACAAUGGACAGUUGUGAUGUACAUAAUGGACGUGACUACAUUGUACUUAGACCCCUUGGUUUCAAUGAAACUGCUAUAAUAAAGGUACACAGAGACUGUACUUGUCAGUGUAACAGUGUAUCACAGGCCAAAGGAAAGUGUGUGACGGAUGAUUCUACAGACUGUCAGACAACUCCAUGUAAAGAAGAAAUCUGCAGCUCCGAUGAGUUGGACUCUGCGUCUGAAAGCUGCAGGGCUUCCCCAUCUCAGCCAGUCUGCAGCGGCCGGGGCGUUUGCUUGUGCGGGAAAUGCUUUUGCCAGAAAACUAAAUUGGGAGCAAUAUAUGGGAAAUACUGUGAAAAGGACACCUUCUCUUGCCCUUACCAUCAUGGUAAACUGUGUUCUGGUAACGGAGAUUGUGAAGAUGGGAAAUGCAGAUGCUUUAAUGGCUGGGAAAGUGACCGCUGCCAUUGUGCUUCCUCGCUCAGAAAACACUGUAUGAAUUCAAAAGGCCUGGUGUGCAGCGGCAGAGGGGUGUGCCAGUGUGGGAAAUGCGAGUGCACUGAUGCCAAAAGCUUUGGCCCUCUGUGUCAAUACUGCACAGAUAACUGGAAUUGUGAACACUUCCAAGGCUCCGCUAAUGUUUCUGAACCUGAAGGGAACCUGUAUGAAACUGCAUGCGCUUUGCUGGUUUAUUACAUUGAUCAGACUUCAGAAUGCUUCUCAGAUCCUCGGAUCCUCACCCUUUUUUUCAUUAUUUCUAUCGUCACAUUUCUUCUGGGAAUUCUUACUGUGCUUCUAACUAGACAUAUUAUUCUGCACCACCAUAAAACCAGAGACAGGUCUACCCCCAGUUACAGGACUCCUACAAACAAAAAAGAUAAAAGUGUGUUGCACAAUGUGUAUACCCGUACAGUAACAUACACACGUGAAAAACCAGAGGACAUCAAUAUAGACAUCAGAAAAAUGGAAGCCCCUGAAACAAUCAAGUGUAACUUCUGAAGAACUGCGUUCACACAGUAAAGUUUCACUACAUUGGUUCCAGUAUGUCGGCUGCCAGUAUUGCCACUGACAUAUAACAACAAU